GAGGACCUUCGUGUGGAUGGUCGUGGCUGUGAAGACUACAGAUGUGCAGAAGUAGAAACGGAUGUUGUAUCAAACACAAGUGGAUCUGCAAGAGUAAAGCUGGGACACACUGAUAUCUUGGUAGGUGUAAAAGCUGAAAUGGGGACACCAAAGUUGGAGAAGCCAGAUGAAGGUUACCUGGAAUUCUUUGUUGACUGUUCUGCAAAUGCUACUCCUGAAUUUGAAGGCCGGGGCGGCGAAGAACUUGGCACAGAGAUAGCAAAUACACUCUACAGAGUAUUUAGCAGCGAGACCAGUGUAGACUUGAAAUCACUUUGUAUUAAUCCCAGAGAGCACUGCUGGAUUCUCUAUGUUGAUGUAUUGUUAUUGGAAUGUGGUGGGAACCUCUUUGAUGCAAUCUCUAUCGCAGUGAAGGCAGCUCUCUUUAACACAAGAAUACCCAAAGUGCGUGUUCUGGAGGAUGAAGAAGGCACUAAAGAGAUUGAGCUGUCUGAUGACCCUUAUGAUUGUAUUCGACUCAACGUGGAUGAUGUGCCCUGCAUCGUCACACUAAGCAAAAUUGGAUAUAGGCAUGUGGUGGAUGCUACCCUUCAGGAAGAAGCCUGUUCUUUGGCCAGCCUGCUUAUUUCUGUGACCAGUAAAGGUGCCCUCACUUCUAUGAAGAAAGUGGGGAAAGGUAGCCUUGAUCCUGAGAGUAUUUUUGAAAUGAUGGAGACGGGAAAAAGAGUAGGCAAGUCAUUGCACAUAGCCCUUCAGAAGAUUUUGGAUGAAGAAGAGAGUUUGGGGACCUCACGGCAGAAAGUUGGAUUUCUAGGAUGAGUUUUUAUUAAAUGUUCAAAACUGUUUUUAAUUGAUUGUGCAGUCUUGUCCGUUUGUAUAUAGAAAAAGGAUACUUUUUGUUCCCAUACCUUUAUCCUUCUGGCUAAGAGGCUUUUAAAAUGUUACUAAGCAUGAAGCUAGCUGGAGUUAAAUGCAAAUAAGCAAAUUUGAGAUGCUUCCCAUAUGGGUAACUGUCCACACCUAGGAAGCGCACCAGCAGCAAUUGAUGCAAUUGCCUGGGAAGUGCUUGAGACUGUUUUCAAGAGUGACUGGUGUAUAUCCCACUGAAUUCUGUUUGCGUGUGUUCCGCUUCUGCAGACCAGCUGCUGUGUUCUGGAGCAUAUAUGAGGCUGUCUUCAGUGCAGCACAAAUGAGAACAGCACUUUGUGGAAUUCUUCCUUCAAAUUAUCUUACUUUCCUUUGAAUAAAAUGUGGUUAGAUUUUGCUAU